AUGAACCCGAUCGGGCAGCUGGUCGGGCGAAGCUGGGCACGCGGGUUGGAGCUGAAGGCGAGCGCCGUCUCGGCGUCUCUCACCAGCCCUUCUGCUACCCCAGGUUUCGCCCGCAACUCAGUGUUGUUCUCUUCAUUUGCUUCACCCGUCCAAUCUCUCACUUCAUCUUUGUAUAACAUAGGCCUCAGACGCCACUUUUCCAGCACUCCCUCGGUCUUCAAGAAGACUGCUGCCACUACUACGGAUCAUUCUCUCUGGUCAUCCCCGAAUGUGUGUAACGCUGCCCGCAAUGGCCUCGUCUAUUCUCGGUAUGUUAUCCCACCCAACAGCUCUCGACCUCUCUUCCCCGCAUCCUCUGCUCGCUCCUACUGCUCGACCAUCACCACCUCAGACAAGGCCCUCUACGCCAGCAGAGUCGGCAACAUGGCGGACCGCGAAGUGCUCCCCGACUCCAUCAAGCCCUCCCACUACGUUCUGUCGCUCCGCGACUUGAACUUCAAGGACUGGACUUACAAGGGAACCGUGACCAUCGACGCCGAAGUUGUCAAGCCCACCAAGGAAAUCGUCCUCAACGCCCUCGAGAUCAAGCUCCUCGACGCAAAGAUCGCCGUCGGCCACACCAAGUCUACGCAGUCAUGGGAAUCCAAGAACUUCAGCUAUGGCGAGAAGCAGCAGCGCGCCACCAUCACCUUCGACGAGGAGAUCCCCCAGGCCCAGAAGGCUGUCCUGACCAUCGAGUUCGAGGGUAUCAUCAACAAUGACAUGGCCGGCUUCUACCGCAGCAAGUACAAGCCCACCGUCGAGCCCGCCAAGUCCGUCCCCCGCGACGACGAGUGGCACUACAUGUUCAGCACCCAGUUCGAGUCCUGCGAUGCCCGCCGUGCGUUCCCCUGCUUCGACGAGCCCAACCUGAAGGCCACCUUCGACUUUGAGAUUGAGGUUCCCGAGGACCAGGUCGCUCUUAGCAACAUGCCCGUCAAGGAGACCAAGAAGACCCGCGACGGCUGGCAGAUGAUCUCCUUCGAGACCAGCCCAAAGAUGAGCACCUACCUGCUCGCCUGGGCUGUCGGUGACUUUGAGUACGUUGAGGACUUCACCGAGCGCCGCUACAACGGCAAGCAGCUCCCCGUCCGCGUCUACACCACCCGUGGUCUCAAGGAGCAGGGUCGCUGGGCCCUGUGGCACGCCCCCCGCAUCAUCGACUUCUUCUCCGACAUCUUCGGCAUCGAGUACCCCCUGCCCAAGGCCGAUCUCCUCGCCGUCCACGAGUUCACCCACGGAGCCAUGGAGAACUGGGGUCUCGUCACCUACCGCACGACAGCCGUCCUCUUCGACGAGAAGACCUCCGAGGCCCGCUACCGCAACCGCGUCGCCUAUGUUGUCGCCCACGAGCUGGCUCACCAAUGGUUCGGCAACCUGGUCACCAUGGACUGGUGGGAUGAGCUCUGGCUCAACGAGGGUUUCGCCACCUGGGUUGGCUGGCACGCCACCGACUACCUGCACCCCGAGUGGCAGGUGUGGUCCCAGUUCGUCAACGAGGGCAUGGAGAUGGCUUUCAAGCUCGACGGUAUCCGCGCUUCUCACGCCAUCCACGUCCCUGUCAAGGACGCCCUGGACGUCAACCAGAUUUUCGACCACAUCAGCUACCUCAAGGGCUGCUCUGCCAUCCGCAUGCUUGCCAACCACUUGGGCGUCGACACCUUCCUGAAGGGUGUCUCUAACUACCUGAUCGCGAACCAGUACGGCAAUGCCAAGACCAAGGCUCUGUGGGAUGCCCUCAGCGAGGCUUCCGGCAAGGACGUCAACAAGCUCAUGGGUCCCUGGAUCUCCAAGAUCGGCCACCCCGUCUUGACCGUUGCUGAGGAGCCCGGUCAGAUCUCCGUCAAGCAGUCUCGUUUCCUGUCCACCGGUGACGUCAAGCCCGAGGACGACGAGACCACCUGGUGGAUUCCCCUUGAGCUCGAGGGCAAGGUUGGCGCCAAGGGCGUCACCUCCCUCUCCCUGGAGACCAAGGAGGACACCAUUCGUGACGUCGACACCGAUUUCUACAAGCUCAACUCUGGCGCCUCCGGCUUCUACCGUGUCAACUACCCCCCUGAGCGUCUCCUGAAGCUCGGCCAGCAGCUCGACCGCCUCAGCACCGAGGACAAGAUCUCCAUCAUCGGCUCCGCCGCCGACCUUGCCUUCUCCGGCUACGGCACCACCGCCGCCCUCUUGUCCUUCGUCCAGGGCUUCGCCAAGGAGGACAACUACCUCGUCUGGAGCCAGAUCCUCGACUCCAUCGCUCUCGUCAAGUCCAUCUUCGCCGACGACGAGACCAUCAAGAAGGGCCUCGAGACCUUUACCCUGAAGCUCAUCAACGACGCUGUCGCCAAGUACGGCUGGGAGUUCCCCGAGAGCGAGAGCUACCUCGACGGCCUCCUCCGCAAGAGGCUCCUCCUCACCGCCGGUGUCAACGGCCACGCCGCCGUCACCGAGGAGGCUACCAAGCGCUUCAACGCCUGGGUUGAGGACCCCAAGGCCAACCCCCUGCACCCCGCUCUCCGUACCCCCGUCUUCCGCGUUGCCGUCAAGAACGACACCGCUCGCGCCGUCGAGGUCCUGAAGAAAGAAUGGUUCACCACCCCCGCCAUCGACGGCAAGGAGGUCUGCCUCUCCAACCUCGGCUUCGUCCGUGACACCGAAAUCAUCAAGAAGACUCUCCUCCCCUUCCUCUGGAACAAGUCUCCCCCGGCCCCCGCCUCCGACUCCAUCCCUUCGGCCGAUAUGCACAUGCUCGGCUCCGCCUUUGCCGGCAACUCCGUCGCCCGCCAGCUGCAGUGGGACUACCUCAAGAACAACUGGGAGGCCUGCGUCGAGAAGCUCAGCAACCCCAUCGUCGUUGACCGCUUCAUCCAGGUCUCGCUCGGCAAGUUCACCGACUUCGACUCCGUCAAGGACAUCGAGUCCUUCUUUGCCGACAAGGACACCAGCGCCUUCAGCCGUACCCUCGAGACUGUCAAGGACAAGGUGCGCGGUCGCGCCGCUUACCGCGAGCGUGAUGCCGCUUCUCUGAAGGAGUGGCUCGUCGCCAACAAGUACGCAUGA